ACGCCGCCCCGCCCAGCCCUAGCCCUGCCGCCGCUGCUGCCGCCGCCGCAGCAGCAUCGGCAUAACAGACGCGCUAGGCGGCGGGUCCGAGGCCGCGGUGCAUCGAGGCUGUGCGGACAGCCGAGAGGCGACCGCAUCGCAGCGCCACCACCCCCAGCUCCCGCCCCAAGCCGCCCACCAGCCCCCUUCCCUGCAGCCGGAGCCGGAGUGGAGCCCGACCGGCUGCGUGCUGCUGAGCCGCCGGUGCCGCGGGGAAGAUGGCCGUGGCGCUGCGGUACUUGUGGCCUCUCCUCCUGUGCAGCCCCUGCCUGCUCAUCCAGAUCCCAAAGGAAUAUGAAGGACACCAUGUGAUGGAGCCCCCAAACAUCACUGAGCAGUCCCCACGACGCCUGGUCGUCUUCCCCACCGACGACAUCAGCCUCAAGUGUGAGGCCAGCGGCCAGCCUGAAGUGCAGUUCCGCUGGAGUCGGGACGGCGUCCACUUCAAUCCUCAGGAGGAAGUGGGGGUCACUGUGCACCAGGCACCCCACUCUGGCUCCUUCACCAUUACCGGCAAUAACAGCAACUUUGCUCAGAGAUUCCAGGGCACCUACCGAUGCUUUGCUAGUAAUAAGCUGGGCACCGCCAUGUCCCACGAGAUCCAACUCAUGGCCGAAGGUGCCCCCAAGUGGCCAAAGGAGACGGUGAAGCCCGUGGAGGUGGAGGAGGGGGAGUCGGUGGUUCUGCCCUGCCACCCUCCCCCCAGUGCUGAGCCGCUUCGAAUCUACUGGAUGAAUAGCAAGAUCCUGCACAUCAAACAGGACGAGCGGGUGACCAUGGGCCAGAACGGCAACCUCUAUUUUGCCAAUGUGUUGACAUCGGACAACCACUCAGACUACAUUUGCCAUGCACACUUCCUGGGCACCCGCACCAUCAUCCAGAAGGAGCCCAUUGACCUCCGGGUCAAGGCCACCAACAGCAUGAUCGGCCGGAAGCCACGCCUGCUCUUUCCCAGCAACUCCAGCACCCACCUCGUGGCCCUGCAGGGACAGCCUCUGGUCCUGGAGUGCAUUGCCGAGGGCUUCCCCACGCCCACCAUCAAGUGGCUGAGGCUGAACGGCCCCAUGCCAGCUGACCGAGUCAGCUUCCAGAACCACAACAAGACCCUGCACGUGCUGAGCGUAGCUGAGGAGGACGACGGGGAGUACCGCUGCCUGGCUGAGAACUCGCUGGGCAGCGCCCAACAUGCCUACCAUGUCACCGUGGAGGCUGCCCCCUUCUGGGUGCAGAAGCCCCAGAGCCACCUUUGUGGGCCAGGAGAGACCGUCCGCCUCAACUGCCAGGUGCAGGGUCGGCCCCAGCCAGAGGUCACCUGGAGAAUCAAUGGCUCUCCCGUGCAGAAUCUGACUACGGACCGGAAGUACCACAUCAGUGGCAGCUCCAUGGUCCUGAGCAACGUGAACCCAAGUGACACCAUGGUGACCCAGUGCGAAGCCCGCAACCGCCACGGGGUCCUACUGGCCAAUGCCUACAUCUACGUCGUCCAGUUGCCCACCAAGAUUCUGACCCCGGACAAUGAGACGUACCUGGCUGUGGAAGGCAGCACCGCCUACCUUCUGUGCAAGGCCUUUGGGGCUCCUGUGCCCAGUGUGCAGUGGCUGGACAGAGAAGGGAAGAUGGUACUGCAGGACGAACGCUUCUUCCUCUACACCAACGGCACUCUGGGCAUCCGUGAGCUGCAGGCCAAUGACACAGGACACUACUUCUGCCAGGCUGCCAACAACCAAAACAACGUGACCAUUGUGGCCCAUCUGCAGGUCAAAGAUGCCACUCGGAUCAUUGAGGGGCCCCGAAGUGCCAUCGAGAAGAAAGGCUCCAGAGUGACCUUCACGUGUCGGGCCACCUUUGACCUCUCCCUGCAGCACAGCAUCACCUGGCGCAGACAUGGUCAUGACCUCCAGGAGCUCGGGGACAGUGACAAGUACUUCAUAGGGGACAACACCCUAGUCAUCCACAGCUUGGACUACAGCGACCAGGGCAACUACAGCUGCGUGGCAAGUACCAGGCUGGACGUGGUGGAGAGCAGGGCAGAGCUACUGGUGGUGGGGAGCCCCGGGCCAGUAAGUCGGCUGGAGCUGGCGGAGCAUCACCUGCUGCAGCAGAGCCGGGUGCGCCUGGUAUGGAGCCCGGCGGACGACCACAAUGCUCCUAUCGAGAAGUAUAAUAUUGAGUUUAAGGAUGACAAGAUGGAACCCGGGAGAUGGCACAGUCUGGGCAAUGUGCCCGGGAACCAGACCUCCACCCUCCUCAAGCUGUCUCCUUACGUGCACUACACCUUCAGAGUCACGGCCAUCAAUAAAUAUGGACUCGGGGACCACAGCCCGGCCUCGGACACUGUGCUCACACCGGAGGCAGCCCCAGAGAAGAACCCCGAGUACGUGAAGGGCGAAGGCAACCAGACCAACAACAUGGUCAUCACCUGGCAGCCACUUGGGUGGAUGGACUGGAACGCGCCGCACAUCCAGUACCGAGUGCAGUGGCGCCCCCGUGGUUCUCGCGGGCACUGGCAGGAGAAGACCGUCAGCGAGCCCUUCUUUGUGGUAUCUAAUACAUCCACCUUCGUGCCCUACGAGAUCAAAGUUCAGGCGGUGAACAGCCAGGGCAAGGGCCCUGAGCCCCAGGUCAUCAUCGGCUACUCAGGAGAGGACUACCCCCAGGCGAGCCCUGAGCUGCAUGAUGUAAAGAUCCUCAAUUCAAGCACUGUGUUUGUCAGCUGGGAACCCAUAGAUCCGGCUCAGGUCAAGGGCCACCUCCGGGGAUACAAUGUCACCUAUUGGUGGGAGAGCAGCCAGCGGAGGCACAGUAAGAGGCACACACACAGGGGCCAUGUGACCGUCCCCGCCAAUGACACCAGCACCGUGCUCCAUGGCUUGCGGCCCUACAGCUCUUACCGCCUGGAGGUGCGGGCCUUCAAUGGCCGGGGCUCCGGGCCUGCUGCUGAGAAGACCUUCAGCACCCCAGAGGGAGUGCCCGGCCACCCGGAGGCCCUGCAGCUGGAGUGCCAGUCGAACACCAGCCUGCAGCUGCACUGGCAACCUCCACUCAGCCACAACGGCGUGCUCACGGGCUACGUGCUAUCCUAUCAUCCGUUGGACGACGGGGACAAGAAGCCUUUCAUCUUCGACCUUUUGAACCCGGAGCAGCGGACGCACAACCUGACCGACUUGAACCCGCGCCUGCGCUACCGCUUCCUGCUCCAGGCCAAGACCAAGAAGGGACCCGGCGAAGCCAUCGUGCGGGAGGGUGGCACCAUGGCCUGGUCCGGGACCCCGGACUUUGGCAACAUCUCUGCCACAGCUGGUGAGAAUUACAGUGUGGUGUCCUGGGUCCCCAAGGAAGGCCAGUGCAACUUCGGGUUCCAGAUAUGGUUCAAAGCUCUUGAUGAGAAGAUGGGCUUCAGCAUCCCCCCACAGUACGUCACCUACAACCAGAGCUCUUAUACUCAGUGGGACCUGCAGCCUGACACCGACUAUGAGAUCCGCCUGCUCAAGGAGAGGGUUGUCCUGCGCCAGAUCUCAGUGAAGACCAACGGCACAGGGCACAUCCAGCUCCCCUCUCCCAGCUUCGCCACCCAGGGCUGGUUCAUUGGCUUCGUGAGCGCCAUCAUCCUGCUGCUGCUGCUGCUGCUGAUCCUCUGCUUCAUCAAGCGCAGCAAGGGUGGCAAGUACUCAGUGAAGGACAAGGAAGACACCCAGGUGGACUCGGAAGCGCGGCCCAUGAAGGAUGAGACCUUUGGGGAGUACAGGUCCCUGGAGAGUGACAAUGAGGAGAAGGCCUUUGGCAGCAGCCAGCCCUCUCUCAAUGGGGACAUCAAGCCGCUGGGCAGCGACGAUAGCCUGGCCGACUAUGGAGGCAGUGUGGACGUGCAGUUCAAUGAGGACGGUUCCUUCAUUGGCCAGUACAGUGGCAAGAAGGAGAAGGAGGCGGCCGGAGGCAAUGACAGCUCGGGGCCUGCCUCCCCCACCAACCCCGCUGGCACCCUGGAGUAGCGGCCAGGGGCAGCGGGGGUGAGGCUCUGACCCGACCCUUGCCCUCACACCAUCAGUGGGGCCUGGCUGCUGUGCUGGCCCCCAACCCAUCUCAGAGCCAGGCCCUCCUGCUCUCCACCCAGCCUUGGUCCACCCUGUGGCUGGUCCCCCAGAUUUAAGCUGGGGGCAGGGGAGAGGGACUCACUGCCUCGAAACCCCAUGUGCCCCGUCCCCACUCGAUUGCCAAAACCCAGCUACACCCUGCCUCAGGCUCUCCCCCCACCUCACCCCACCCCCGCUUGGCUCCUGCUCAGGCGCUACCCUGUCCCUCAUCAGGGGCCUUCUGCGGAGAGGCCAUGGGUGGGGGAGAGGAGGAGGGAGGACCACCCCCAGGGUCUCUUCAGGACGGGGUGGCAUCUGUGCCCUCUGCUCCCUGUUCUCUGGCCUCCUGGAUGUGACUGGGACAGGAGCCGGGCAAGCUGGCCGUGGGUUCGAGGAGGCCUUCUAGAGAUAACCUGCACAGCUUCUGCACACGCUGCCUUCAGUACACACCACACAACAUCCAAGUGGCCUCCAUCACUGCGGCGGCGGGGCAGGCAUGCCCCCACUGCCUACGCCCCAGCCUCUCCCGGCACCACCCAUCAGGCCCCAGGAUCCUGCUUCCCCAGCACACCCCCGCCCCCGUCGGAAGAGUUCUUUUCCUCAGUCUCCUGUGCCCCUGCCCCCAAGAAUGUACAGAACGCUGUGACUUUGACUUUGUCCCUUGCCCUCCCCACAAGCCUCUAGUGUGUAGGCAGAUGUCUGAGUGUCUAGGUGGUCUCUAGAUUUUAUAGCAGUUAGCGUUGAUGGUCGCACCCCAGGAGAAGGAAAGGCAGAUGACAGAAGGAAGAGAAGGAAG